UUCUCGCUCCCGCCGCCAGCAGCGCUAGACGGCCUGCUGGGUCCCCAUCUUUCAUUACUGCUGGAUGAAAGCGCGGCGCCCGUGGGCCAGCGGCGCGCCUCAGUGCUCCCUUGUGCUGUCACCGUCUGUCCGCUGUACGCGGGCGCCUGUCGCUGUCGCCCGCCGUGGCCAGGUGGGCCUUGGUCAGUGAAGACCACCGGUGAUGUCAGCCGUCGCGGGACCGGCAGCAGGACAGGACGUGAUGCCAGCGACUCGAGCCAGCCUCCAAACAAGCAUCACGGCAGCGGAAGCUUGUCGUCACCAGGCGCCCACGUCGCCGUCUUCGCCCGCCUGUUCGCUGUGGCCGCGACGGCUCCCUGCCGUCCCAUCGUCUCUGCAAGACGCCGGCCAGCAGCGAACGGCCAUCCUCUGUACAACACCAUGCGACGCCCCUGCUUCCACAGCAAAGGUACACGCUGAGCCGCCCGCAUACUCGUGCGUCCAUCUCGGGCAUGCACGGCCCAGCUGCUGCUGCAGCGCAACUCGCCAAAGUGCUCGGCUGUCGAAUUGUCACGCCGCAGACCGCACCUCUCGUCCGGGGCCCAGCAGCCAUCCACUCACAAUUCCCUCGGCACACGCCCCAGCCAGGCUUCUGCACGCCAGCCGUCGUUUUUGCUGCAAGUCGCUGCCCGCACAGACCCAUCCGAAGAUCUGGCGACAUCCGCGCCGUCGGGUUUGCGCCCUGAGCUCAUCCGCCACGAACAGCGGCCUGGUAAUUAGUUGCACUUGAACAUUAGUCAGCCGUCGGCUUUCGUCGUUUUGCAUGUGUUGCGCUCUCGUUGGGGACUGCUGCCGCGACGCUCGCUGUGUUUCCAAGGCUGCUGUUUGAAU